CUGUGUGGUUAUUAGUGUCUAAGAGCGUUUAAAGAAGAUGUUGUUGACCAUGACUUUAAAUCUACAGAUGGAAAACAAAAGUGUAAUUUGAUCAGCAGCCAGUGAGGGACAGUAAUGCGCUCAGGUCACACCUGGAAGAAGAGUUAUACACUUUCACUUCACUGUUUGAUCUGUUCAGGGCGCGCGCGUCUGAGAUAACGAGGACUAAAAAUAGUUCACGCGCUCUGGUUUAAAACUGUCUGUGUGUGUGCGUGUGUGUAGACAGGAAUGGUUUGGCUAAUUUUAUAUUUUAUUUUACUUUUAAUUUCUCCUCAAAGCAAUGCGAAAGAAGAGAAACACUUCCUCUACUACACAUAUACAGGCUUAACCAAAGCAGGUCCAUUCCCAGUGUUCAGUGCUGAGGCUGAAUCUGAUGACAAACAAAUCGCUUACUACAGUAAUGAUAGACAAGCCUGGGAAAGAUACAAUCUGACUGACUGGAACAAAGCUCCUGCAGAACCGCCUGAAACUAGAGAAGCCCUCUUAAAUCAACUACAUGAUCUGUCAAAGUGCACAUUGACUGCGGAGUGUUCUGAGUUUCAUGUUCUUCAGAAAAGAAUUGGCUGUGAAGUGGUGAAACUUCAUGAUGGAAAAGUGAUGAGUCUGAAAGCCUCUGAUGAGUCUGCAUACGAUGGAAAGGAUUUUAUUAGGCAAAUGUACAACCAACCUCUUCCGGGGACCAAAAUGGAUCAUCAAACUGGACAAGAUUCCUUCCUCACAGAUUUCCACAAAAACUGCAUGGACUGGAUCUCCACAUUUAACAACACAUUUAAAACUGCACCAGAUGUUCAUGUGUUUGUGAGGAAAUCUCCUGAUGAUCGCACCAAGCUGAAUCUCAGCUGUCUGGCCACUGGUUUCUACCCCAGAGAUAUUGAGAUGAAAAUUAGAUUGGACAAAAUUAAACUUGAGGAUCAAAUAUCGUCUGGAAUCAGACCAAAUGCUGAUGAAACAUUUCAGAUGAGAACCAGUGUGAAGAUCGACAGAAAACACAAAGGAUCUUAUGACUGUCAGAUCAUUCACAGCAGUCUGACAGAACCAGCUGUAGUAGAGUGGGAUGGAAGAUGUUCUAACUGUGAACCAGAUCAUCCACCGUCUCCUAAAACAGGAGCAGUGAUAGGAGGGGCAAUUAUCAUGUUUCUCAUUUUGAUUGUUUACUGCUUCUGCAUAAAAAGGAGAAGAUCACAUGGUCUGUGAAGUUAUCAGUGGGAUAAAUACGAUGAGUAGUUGGAGUAAUUAUUAUUUUACAUUUAGUGAUUUAGCAGAUGCUUUCAACAAACGCAAUUUACAAAUGAGGACAAUAGAAGCAGUCAAGCCGACAAAAAAGCAAUAUUAUGUAAAUGCUGUGACAAGAAAGAUGCAGUAAACACAGCAACAGUAUUCUUCAAUUCUUGCUCUAUUAUGGAAGGAAAAAAGGUUUGUGUUUGUUUUUGUUUGUUCAGAACAUUUAAUCAGAAUAGAAUAUUUGUUUAUUAUCGUUAUUAUCUUUCUUUAUGCUUAGUUGAAACGUGUUUCCACGUUUGAAAGGUUCUUGAAACAUUUCAUAAAAUGUGUAACAUGAAAUGUAGUUCUCUAUUCUCUGGCAAACUGACAUGGUCAAUUAUGAAAUGGUGUAUAAUAGCUUAUAGUACCUGUAUAUAUGCUUCUGAACAACUAAUUACUGUACAGAUGAUGAAGAAAUUCAUGCUUAACCACUUCUGAUCACUGAGCUGUAUUUACAGUGAUUGUAGUCUAGCUGAUGUUCUUUGUAGUUUUAAUAAAGUAAGGUAUUUUAUUUCUGAGGCUCUGAAAAAAUAAAAAUGACUUUUUCCUGAACACUCCUCUUUUCUGUAAUUGGUUGGAUGAAGACCUGUAGUCCCACCCCCAAACUCAUGCCAACAGAUCAAUGUCAAACUGUUACAAAGUCAAACUCCCAAAGACUUCUAGUGUACUGCAUAUAAGUGAAAUGAUUUCUUAUCUCAUAAGAUAUUUUUAUUUUGUCAUUGCUACUUGAACAGCGUUUCUUUAUCCUGGUCCUUGUGAUGCCCCGCUUUGCACAUUUUGUUUG